CUUAAGUUUAGCUAUUCAACCUUUUAUCUUUUAAAAAAAAUUCUUCAAAGUUUGACGUGAUUAUCUAUCUAUUCGUAAAGGCACCUCCGGAGCUUUAGUUUCUCAAUUUCUCAGGUUUUGAAUUGUGUUUGGGUUGAAUAGAAGCUGCCAAAAUGCUUUCCUUCGAAAUGAAUGAUCGCAAAAAGAUAGGGCUAGGAUUGACUGGAUUUGGAGUGUUUUUCUCAUUCUUGGGGAUCAUAUUCUUCUUUGAUAAGGGACUAAUUGCCAUGGGAAAUAUCCUCUUCUUCUCAGGGGUGGCACUGACCAUUGGUCUCAAGUCAUCACUGCAGUUCUUUAGUAAACGUAGUAAUUUCAAGGGAACAAUAUCAUUUGGUGUUGGCUUUUUCUUGGUUAUUAUUGGUUGGCCUAUACUGGGUAUGAUUCUUGAGGCAUAUGGAUUUGUCGUACUUUUCAGUGGUUUCUGGCCAACAUUGGCAGUUUUUCUUCAGAAGAUACCUAUUCUAGGUUGGAUCUUCCAGCAGCCCUAUAUCAGAUCGUUCUUUGACCGCUACCGUGGAAAACGUGUCCCUGUGUAGUAUCAUUUUCAAAGAUACAAAGCAAGCGAGAUUGAUUAGCCCACAUGCACGAAUUUGUAAAGCACUGUAUUUUGUAAGAUUUUUAUAUCUAGAACAGUGAUGAUAGUAAUAGUUUGUUCCUAGUUGGUUGUAUCGGCCUUUCUGUGCUGCAAUAAUGCAGUUCUUUCUUUGGCCUUUCUAUACUACAAGUGAUCAGUCCAAAAAGCAAAAAAUCAGAUCAUGUACCUAGUUACUAAUAUUAUCCUUUUGUUUUCUAGAUGAAAGUGGAGAAAAAAACUUGAUCUCCAGAUCUUUAAUCAAUGGUAGAAAGCAAGUGUU